CGAUAAUAGUUCUUCCUCAAAUGUUAUCGGGCCUAUUCGGCGUUUUUUGUUUAUAUUUGCUUGUUGGCAUUUUUCUUUUCAAGAACAAUUGUUUCUGCAGUUAGUUAGUGUAACUAAGCCAUGCCAUUGAAAAGGCUGCCUUAAAAGUAGUUAACAUAUCUGAGCUGAAGGGAGACAAGGCCUCAAAAUGGCCUUCCUGGGCGACUGUGUGAUCGUAUUUGUUUCGCAGAUGCUGUUCUUUGCCGGCGGCUGGCUGUUCUUCAACAGGGAACUCUUCAAGCACUACGAAAUUCGGCACAUUUCCGUUCAGUUGAUCUUCUCGUCCACCUUCGCUCUCUCAAUCACAAUGUUCGAGUUGAUUAUAUUCGAAAUCAUCGACGUUCUGGAGUCCAGUUCGCGGUACUUCCACUGGCGACUUGGUCUAACUCUGCUGCUGUUCAUGGUGACUGCCGUUAUCCCCAUUUAUAUAUGCCACUCUGUGAUACACAGCAUUUCCUUCUUUUCCGAUAGAUGGGUCAGAAUUCUGACCACAUUUUGUUGGUUCGUCUUUCUGUAUGGCCUCUGGCGGAUUGGCGAGCCAUUUCCGCUGCUAAGCGCCUCGCAUGGCAUCUUUACGAUCGAACAGGGCGUGUCCCGGAUAAGCGUGAUUGGUGUCACUGUAAUGGCCAUACUCUCCGGCUUCGGUGCCGUCAACUAUCCCUACACCAGCAUGACCUACUUCAUCAAGCCCGUUUCGCGGAAUGACAUCAUCUGCCUCGAGCGGCGUUUGGCCCUAACGGUGGACAUGCUGACGGGAAAAAAGCGAAGGAUUUCCAUGGCCGUCUAUAACCACAAUAAACUGCAUCCGACAAAACCCAGGAUUUGGGAGAUGCUGACGUCAGCCGUCCAGCGAAAUAUGAGCAAUGGGGAAGACAUCAAUCAGUUGAAACAGGAAGUCUAUGGCUUGGAGGAGUUGCUGCGUUCGGUAUUCCUGGAACUGAGUUCUCUGAAAAACAUGGAAGAGCGGCAAAGGUGGUCGCAGACAUUAAAGGGCAAAUACUUUAAUGUUUUGGGACACUUUUUCAGCGUCUACUGCGUCUAUAAGAUAUUUAUGUGUUGCAUCAACAUCAUCUUCGACAGAGUGGGCCGCAAAGAUCCCGUAACCCGUGGACUGGAGAUUGCCAUACAUUGGUGUGGCUUUGACAUAGACUUUGCCUUUUGGAACCAGCAUAUAUCCUUUCUGCUGGUCGGCUGCAUUGUGGUGACCUCCAUUAGAGGCUUGCUGCUGACGCUUACCAAGUUCUUCUAUCGCAUUUCAUCGAGUAAAUCUAGCAACAUAAUCGUGCUGAUCUUAGGGCAGAUCAUGGGCAUGUACUUCUGCUCUUCGGUGCUGCUGAUGCGUAUGAAUAUGCCAGCCGAGUAUCGAGUGAUUAUCACUGAAGUUCUGGGCAACUCAAUCCAAUUCAAUUUCUAUCAUCGUUGGUUCGAUGUCAUAUUCCUGGUCAGCGCCCUGACCACCAUCAUCGUUCUAUACCUCUCUCGCAAGCCUUUUCGCGUUGACGAUUCCGAUCUGCACUGAUUUAUAGGCCUAAGCAUAAGCAGAAUUGAUUUAGAAUCAUAUAGCACAAUUAAAGCAAGCUUUAAGUUAUGUAAAUGCGUGUAUAUACCAGUGUGUAUGUCAAAGUUACAAUUGUUUGUUUAAGUAAAUUAAAGCAACGAACUGUUUAUCUUUAGAAAAAUCA